AUGUCCUCCUCCCGCCCGUCCUCGCCGCCCCCCGUCCCCUCCAAGCGCGGCCGCAAGCGCAACGACAACCUCCCGCCCAACCGCGCCCGCGACGUCCAGCGCGCCUUCCGCGCACGCCGCGCUGCCCAUCUCCAGGCGCUUGAGGCCCGCGUGCAGGAGCUGGAGGACGAGAAUGCCUGCCUUCGUCAAGCCCUCAAUCUUCCCCCUGCCAACCGCCCGCCGCUCGGGAAGGGGCCGACCGGGAAGGACAAGCCCAAGACGAACGACCAUCAGCCAAGCCAGGCGUCUCCCACUGGCUACAAUCCCAUCUUCACCCAGAGUCGCGCAUCAUCGGUGGACUCGCCCGGUUCGACGCGCACCAGCUCUAUGUCGCCGAACAUGCUUCCAUCCUCAUCACGGGCGAUGCAAGUCGUCGACAGCGGGCCUUGGGACCAGGCCAUCCUCAUGAACGAGCAGCAAUCGGAGGUGCCCCCCUCCGCUACCUCGUCGUCCUUCUCCCUCCCGCCGUUGCCAUCAUCCCCCAUGCCGACAAAGACCCUGCCGCAGUCGUCGUAUCCACCUUACCAGUCCGGGCUGCCGCCGCCGCCCCCUCCGCCGCGCGGCUCCAUCUCCUCCAUGCAGUCCUCCACGAACGUCUACGCCUCGCCCCAGCCGUAUGCACAAAGCGUCAACGAGCGCCCGCCUCUGAGCAGCUACGCGUCGUCAAGCUACAACGUUCGCGGAGACGUGCGUGAUGACCCGCGAUCGCAAUAUUCGUUCUCUCAGCAGUCUUUUCCACCCCCAGACGUCGCUCUACACGACGAACGCAACGGGCCCAGCUCUGCACCCUUACAUGCACCAUCCCACCAUGCGCCCCCACGAGAGUCUCCCCUACCUUAUUCCCAGCGUCGCUCAGUGACGGACCCGCAGGGGUACGGGCAGCCUCUCUCGCAGGCGCAGGCGCACCACCAUCAGCAGCAACAGCAGCAGCAGGCGUACAUGUCGCAGGCCGCGCACGGCAUCCGGCUCCCGUCGCCUCCCCGUCUACCCGAUGGUCACCUCCCUUCGCUCAGGUCGGCAUACGGCCCGGACGGCACCAUCAACUCGCUGGCAUGA